AUGGCCCUGAACCUCUUGAAACAGUCUGGAUCCAGAGGAGAGUCACAGAAACGUCUCAUCAUCAUCAUCACAGCUCUGGACAAGAGCGAGGUGGCAACUCUAGGCCUACCCUCCACCCUCAGCCAUGGAGGCUCUGACAGCAACAUCAGCGCAGACGGAGCGGCGGCAGCGCCGUCUGGGGUCGUGUCCGGAGGAGCAGAGGGAUCAGGGGAGCCUCAGCGGACUCGUGUUGCUCUGGAGCACCUGCAGCAGAAGAUCCUGAAGGUCACCGAGCAGAUCCGCGUGGAGCAGGAGGCCCGUGACGACAACGUCGCCGAGUACCUGAAGCUAGCUCACAACGCAGACAAACAGCAGGCCGCCAGAAUCAAGCAGGUGUUCGAGAAGAAGAACCAGAAGUCAGCACAGACCGUUGCACACUUGCACAAAAAACUAGAGCACUACCAUAAGAAGCUAAAGGAGAUAGAGCAGAAUGGACCGGCCCGGCAGCCCAAGGAUGUCCUGCGGGACAUGCAGCAAGGACUAAAGGACGUGGGGGCCAAUGUUCGUGCUGGGAUAAGUGGUUUUGGAGGCGGAGUAGUUGAAGGGGUCAAAGGUGGAGUGUCUGCCCUCACUCACACAGCCGUGGUGUCCAAGCCCAGGGAGUUCGCCAGUCUUAUCAGGAACAAAUUCGGUAGUGCUGAUAACAUUGCUCACCUAAAGGACACGCUCGAAGACGGGGUCGGGGGCCACUCUGAAGACACCCCCACACCCAGAGCCCUGAGUGGAAGCGCCACUCUGGUCUCCAGCCCAAAGUACGGCAGCGACGACGAGUGCUCCAGCGCCACGUCCGGCUCCGGAGCAGGCAGCAAUUCUGGUGGGGCGGGAGGAGGAGGAGGGGGUUUGCUAGGACCAACCAUGGGGAGCCCAAGACUGGACGGGCACCACCACCACCACCACCACAUGCACAGUUCAUGGGACUCUCUACUGGAGGGCCUGCAGGAGAUCAAGGCCAGCCAGUCGCACAUGGAGGACGCCAUCGAGGACAUGAAGGGCCAGCUGCAGAGCGACUACUCCUACAUGACUCAGUGUCUGCAGGAAGAGCGAUACAGGUAUGAGAGACUUGAAGAGCAGCUAAAUGACUUAACAGAGCUGCACCAAAAUGAGAUGACCAACCUGAAACAGGAACUCGCCAGCAUGGAGGAGAAAGUCGCCUACCAGUCCUACGAGAGAGCGAGGGACAUUCAGGAGGCCGUGGAGUCGUGUCUGACCCGCAUCACCAAACUGGAGCUGCAGCAGCAGCAGCAGCAGGUCGUCCAGUUGGAGGGAGUGGAGAACGCCAACGCUCGAGCUCUGCUGGGGAAACUCAUCAACGUCAUCCUGGCGCUGAUGGCCGUGCUGCUGGUCUUCGUCUCCACUCUGGCCAACUUCAUCACCCCGCUGAUGAAGACCCGAGCCCGGGUAGCCGCCACCGUCCUGCUCACCUUGCUGCUCUUCGUUCUGUGGAAGCAGUGGGAUUUUGUGGAGCCGUGGCUGCUGCCCAGCUAA